CACUGUUAUCAGUUUGUAUUCUUCAACGAAGCAAGAUGAUCACUAAAAAAACCCUCUUGCUAGCACUCAUUUCACUGAGCUGCUCUCUUAGUGUCAGAUCCAAUCCAACUACUGGUUCAAUUGAAGAAGAUUGCGGAAUCGGUGAUUCUAAUUUGUGGCAUGUGUUUAUCCAAAGGACCAUACACUCUGAGAAUGCACCAGUCUGUGGGGGAACUUUGUUGAAUGAUCAGUUUGUUAUAACGGCUGCACAUUGUGUUUAUGAUUUAGCUGGAGUUGAGAUCGAUAUCAGGGAGCUUAGAGUUUCGGUGAUAAAGGAUGGAAUCACAUUGAGUGUGGAAGUAGAUCAUAUGUUUAAGCAGCAGAAGUUCAAUGUAGAAAAGUUUGACUAUGAUGUUGCACUUCUGAAACUUAAAGUUCCUGUGAGUUUUGUCGAUAAUUAUGUUUGCUCUGAGGCUACUGGCUUUUCUCCUCCGACUGGCUCAGUUUCAGUGACAAUCGAAAGUAAACAUUACCAGAUUCCUAAAACGGUGCGAUGGCCGAUAUCCGAUACAUCUCUAUGUCAUGGAACAAAUGACUUUAUUUUUGGACAAACUUAUCAAGCAGCUUUCUGUAUAGGAUCUAUUCAAGUCAACGACAAGUUUCAAAUCAACCGUGGCAGUGGAAUACUGCAACAAAUCAACAAUCGCUGGUAUUUGGUGGGGAUUCUAUUGUAUACAACGGGUCCCAACAACAUGACUCCCAAAUUUGGUGGCGGAAUUAAUCUUUCACCUUUUUGGUCCUGGAUUAAUCGAAUCGCUUUCCGUGACAGCAGAAAGUCGGUCUCCGAGCAGAAAUGCGACGAAUACAAAAAAAUAUUUAAUCAUACAGCAUACGAAUCAAGUUUUAUUCCAACAAUUACUCUAAACGAGCCAGGGCAAAUGUGGAUGGACUCAAGCUGCUAUGGAACCUUAAUCAGUGAACGCUUUAUUUUGACUUCGGCCAUCUGCUUAUCAGGAACAACCUCAGUGUUUAUGCAAUAUGGUAUCAUGUCGAUGAAACGGUUCUCCAAAUUGAAAUUCCACUACCAUCCGGAUGAUAAACAUCACGAAAAACUGACAUUGCUCGAAUUGAACGAAGAUGCGCCCACGUCGGAAUUCAUUCAUUGUUUGUGGAACGAUGAUGAGCUUAACGGUGUAGCAAACGACAUUGCACAUCACAUGGGAUUAUUAAAGUCUAAAAUAAAUGUUUCUCUCAAACCGGACAAUUCAAUAAUGGUGGUAUUGGCAGACAAAUGUUACAAAUUCACUAUAUCUUUAAUUACCAAAGCAGGAGACGGCAUAACAAUGCAGAAGUCUGGUGAAAAAAUAAGACGCGUCGUUGGAGUGAUAGACCAAACCCCGGAGCGUUGCAGCAACAUUCGGACCACAAACGUGAUUCCAUAUCUUGAUUGGAUUGAAGCAACAGUUUGGAGAAAGCCUGCCAAAACAUAAUAUUUGACCUUUACUUCAACACUAGGUUUACAAAGGAAUUAAAGCAUUUUUGUUUGAAUUGAA